AUGACAUAUUCUGUAGCCUCUUAUUCGGGCGCAAACGCACUACGAUCAGGCUUUUACCAUCUCGGCCGAAUAAUCCUCGAGUCUGCAGUUCGAAAAUCUCUCAAUAACGUUGCUAACCCAUUAGUAGUUGACACUACGCUCCGAUCCUCGAUAGUAGAAACCCUUUGUUACCUUCGUCGAGUUAGAGAUCCAAAGUUUAGUUUCUUUUUUAUUAAGUCGAUGUCGUACGAUGCAUACGGGUUGGACAUAAGAUUAUCCUAA